AUUUCCUAAUUCGACCCUUUGACUCUAUCAUCUCCCGGUUCUGAACUCUCUUUUGGUUAUCGCCAUCUACCUCAUCGGAACUACGGUCAUCGCCACCUCCACCGCCGCCGCCGUCUUUUCCACCUUCAUCGGAGCAUCUACUAUUGCUGUUGAUCUCUACGGCUCGUUAAUUUUGACUAAUUUUAUUCUCUUCUGUGCUAGAGGCAGCUGGAAUCGGACGUUGGUGAAUUACAGCGAAUAUGUGUAUUACAGAUACUGUAAACUUAUUUCACGGCAAAAUGGUUGGAUGAAUAUAAGGCCUACCCAGCUGAGUAAGUGUGGGAUUCUCAUCUAUUUGAUGGAAUGCUUAUAGUCUGUGCUAUGAAGUACAUGUUCUUUGGAAGGAUACAAGAUAAAAAUGAAUUUGCAGCAUAUGUCCGGGCAGAUCUCAGGGCAGGUUCCAAAUCAAAGUGGCACUUCUCUGCCUGGGCUACCCCAGCAGAGUGGAAAUCCUCUUACUAUGCAGAUGCAAAAUCCGGUUGUCCAUAGCAAUGUGCUAAAUAUGGAGCCUGAUUUCUCGAGAGCUCGGAUUUUUAUAUCAAAUAAGAUCUACGAUUAUCUAAUGCAGCGGCAGCAAUCCCAUGAGAAACCUCCAAAGAAGGUUAUGGAUAUAGUUAAACGCUUGGAGGAGGGCUUGUUUAAAAGUGCUUCAUCAAAGGAAGAGUAUUUGAAUCAAGCAACUUUGGAGAACCGGUUACAUGUCCUGAUUAAAAGCCUCCGGAUGAACAACCAGAACCAGCGAUUCCCUCGUGUUAAUUCUUCUGGCUCCAUUGGUACAAUGAUACCAACCCCAGGCAUGACACAAAGUGCGAAUUCAGCCCUGAUUGGAACAUCAUCUGUUGACAGUUCCAUGGCUGCUGGCAGUACCAUUGCAUCCUCUGCGGGAAGCUUCUUGCCAAUGGCUAAUGUGUCUUCCAGUGGGUGUUUGACAAAUGGAUAUCAACAGCCAACUUCCAAUUUCUUGGUCAGUUCGGGUGGGAAUAAUUUGGUACCAUCAAUGAGUGGGCAAAGAAUGACAAGCCAAAUGAUCCCCACUCCAGGGUUUAAUGCCAGUGGUGGUGCUAAUUUGAAUAGCAACACUAACACACAGUCUUCCCUGAAUUUGGACUCAACCAAUAGUAUUGCUGCACUUCCUAGUGUUGAUUCCAUGAAUGUUUCACAGCCUCUGCAACAAAAGCAGCAUGUUGCUGCUCAAAACAGCCGUAUACUCCAUACAGUUGGCAGCCAUGUGGGUGGUGGAAUCAGGUCAGGAUUUCAGAAUAGAUCCUAUGGACAGUCAACUGGGCCUCUUAAUGGAGGGGGACUUGGAAUGAUUGGAAACAAUUUGCACUUGGUGAAUGGUUCAGCACCUGAGGGCUAUAUAUCAGCAACCACGUAUGGGAACUCCCCAAAGUCAUUGCCGCAGCACUUCGAUCAACAGCAUCAACCAUUAAUGCAAGGUGAUAGAUAUGGUAUCAGUCAUGCAGAUACUUCGGGGUCUGGAAACUUAUGUCUUCCUGUUUCUUCUGUGGGAAUGGUCAUGAAUAAUCAAAAACCGGGUGCUGUAGCCUUACAGUCCAUCUCCAGAACAAACUCUCCGUUGAUUACCAAUCAGUCAAACUUGACUGCCUCUGGGCAAAUGCCAAAUGUAAAGGUUCAACCAGCUGAUCAGUCAACGAAAAUGAACUAUCAGUCCCAGCAUUCACUGGGAGAUAACCAUUUAUCUUCCUAUCAGCAUCAACAUUCUCAACAGCCACCUCAGCAGUUCCAGGAGCAACAUCAACUUGUUCAACCUCAACUCCAACAGAAGCUGCAAAAUCAGCAGCACCAAACUUUGUCAAGGAGCAAUGCUUUUGCUCAAGCUCAGGCUCCUUCUGAUAUUGGUAUUCAGGUAAAGUCUGAGCAUGGAAAUCAUGAUGAAGCUCAACAUUCCCGGGUCAAUGCUGAGCAAUUUCAGUUCUCUGACAUGGAUCAGUUUCAGCCAAAUUCUAUUGAAGACCAUUCUAAAGAUGCAGUAUUUCAGGGUCAAUGGUAUUCCAAGUCGCAAGAUGGGAGUCAAAUACCGGGUAGCUUCUCAGAUAAGCAAAAUGUGCAAGAGGAGUUGUAUCUGAGAACUUCCAGGAAAGAGGAAGCUUAUCCAAAUAAUUUAUGCACUGAGAGAUCACCGAUCGGUCAACCUGUUGGUAAUGGAGCAGUUGCCACCAAUAACGCAAGCAGCUCCAUCUGCAGAUUUAAUCACCUUCCUCGUGAACGACAGUAUUUCAAUCAGCAGAAGUGGCUAUUGUUUUUGACUCAUGCACGUGGAUGUUCUGCUCCUGAAGGGAAAUGUGCAGAGAAGAAUUGCAUAAAAGCUCAAAAACUUGUGAAGCAUAUGGAACGAUGCAGCACCUUUGAGUGUCAAUAUCCUCGUUGCCCUGCCACAAGAGACUUAAUUAAUCACUAUAGACGUUGCAGAGAUCUAAACUGUCCUGUUUGCAUUCCUGUCAGGAAAUUUGUACGGGCACAACAGAAAGUUGCUCGUCCUGGCUGCAAUUCUGAUAUGCCAUCUUCUGCUAAUGGUACUUGUAGAUCCUAUGGUACCGGUGAGAUUGCUUCCAGGUUGACUGCCAAGCAGGGUUCAGUGCCAGUUCAAACAGAAGAUUUACAGUAUUCAGUUAAGCGCCCGAAGAUUGAGCAACCUUCUCAAUCUCUUAUCGUGGAAACUGAAAAUUGUUUUAUGUCAGUUACCGCCAGUGAGUCUCACGUUACCCAAAAUGCCCAGCCCAUUGAACAGCAUGGCAAUGCUGUGGCAAUGAAAUCUGAAAUCACUGACGCAAUGAUGGAAAUUCCUGCUAAGGCUGUGCUAGUCAGUCCCAGGAGUAUUGACAUACGAAAUGACAAUUUGGAUGGUUCCUGCAUUCGGAAGUCUGAUGGUGAUUCUGUUGUAUCAAGUAAUGCAGCUUGUCUUGUGAAACAGGAAAAUGUUAAGACUGAAAAGGACAUUGUUCAGCCUAAACAGGAAAAUAUGUCAGCACCCUCUGAAAGCACCAGUGGAUCUAAGUCUGGGAAGCCUACAAUAAAGGGUGUAUCAAUGACUGAAUUAUUCACCCCAGAGCAAGUCCGAGAACACAUUAUUGGUCUGAGGCGAUGGGUUGGCCAGACCAAAGCAAAAGCAGAAAAAAAUCAAGCAAUGGAACAUUCCAUGAGUGAAAAUUCAUGUCAAUUAUGUGCAGUUGAGAAGCUAAAUUUUGAACCUCCACCUAUAUAUUGUACUCCUUGUGGUGCUCGUAUUAAACGAAAUGCAAUGUAUUAUACCAUUGGAACUGGUGAUACUAGACACUACUUUUGCAUUCCAUGCUAUAAUGAGGCUCGUGGAGACACCAUUAAUGUUGAUGGGACCACUAUCCCGAAGGCGAGGAUGGAGAAAAAGAAAAACGACGAGGAGACUGAAGAAUGGUGGGUUCAAUGUGAUAAGUGUGAAGCUUGGCAACAUCAGAUUUGUGCAUUGUUCAAUGGUAGGAGGAAUGAUGGUGGGCAAGCCGAGUAUACCUGUCCCAAUUGCUAUAUUAUAGAGGUUGAAAGAGGUGAGCGUAAGCCCUUACCACAGAGUGCUGUUCUUGGAGCCAAAGAUCUGCCUCGCACAUGUCUCAGUGAUCAUAUUGAGGUUCGAUUAGAUAGGGUUUUGAAGGAUGAUAGACAAAAAAGAGCAGAACGUGAAGGAAAAAGUUAUGAUGAGGUUCCCGGUGCUGAAGGGCUUGUUGUAAGAGUUGUGUCAUCAGUAGACAAAAAGUUAGAAGUGAAAUCAAGGUUUCUUGAGGUCUUUCAAGAAGAGAACUAUCCGCUGGAGUUCCCAUAUAAAUCAAAGGUGUUAUUGUUAUUUCAGAAAAUUGAGGGUGUAGAAGUGUGCCUCUUUGGCAUGUAUGUUCAGGAAUUUGGAUCUGAAUGCGCACAACCAAAUCAUCGUCGUGUUUAUCUCUCGUAUCUAGAUUCUGUCAAAUAUUUCAGGCCUGAGAUCAAAGCUGCAUCUGGCGAGGCUCUUCGCACUUAUGUGUACCAUGAAAUUUUGAUUGGAUAUUUAGAAUAUUGCAAAAAGCGUGGUUUCUCAAGUUGCUAUAUAUGGGCUUGUCCUCCACUGAAGGGUGAAGAUUAUAUAUUAUAUUGCCACCCAGAAAUCCAGAAAACCCCAAAAUCUGACAAACUCAGAGAGUGGUAUUUAUCAAUGUUACGAAAAGCUGUGAAGGAAAAGAUUGUUGUGGAUCUCACAAAUUUAUUUGACCAUUUCUUCACCACCACAGGCGAAUGUAAAGCUAAAAUCACUGCAGCUCGCCUGCCCUAUUUUGAUGGAGACUAUUGGCCUGGUGCAGCAGAGGAUAUGAUUUUUCAACUUCAACAAGAAGAAGAUGGGAGGAAACAUCAUAAGAAGGGGGCUAUGAAGAAGACCAUAUCAAAAAGAGCUCUUAAAGCAUCUGGUCAAUCCGAUCUUUCUGGAAAUGCAACUAAGGAUAUACUUCUAAUGCACAAACUUGGUGAAACUAUUUCUCCAAUGAAGGAAGAUUUUAUUAUGGUCCAUUUGCAGCAUGCAUGUACUCAUUGCUGUAUUCUGAUGGUAUCCGGUAAUCGUUGGGUAUGCAAACAAUGCAAGAACUUUCAGCUUUGCGACAAGUGCUAUGAAGUUGAGCAAAAACUCGAAGCCAGAGAAAGGCAUCCUCUCUAUCACAAGGACAUUCAUAUGCUUUAUCCAACUGAAAUUGAUGAUGUACCUGCUGAUACAAAGGAUCCAGAUGAAAUUCUUGAGAGUGAGUUUUUUGAUACAAGGCAGGCAUUUUUGAGCCUUUGUCAAGGAAACCAUUACCAAUAUGAUACCCUGCGGCGUGCUAAACAUUCCUCAAUGAUGGUCCUUUACCACCUUCAUAAUCCCACUGCACCAGCUUUUGUGACAACUUGCAAUAUUUGUCAUCUUGACAUAGAAACAGGUCAAGGUUGGCGGUGUGAAACUUGUCCUGAUUAUGAUGUAUGUAAUGCUUGCUAUCAGAAGGAUGGUGGAGUUGAUCAUCCUCACAAGUUAACUCAUCACCCAUCCAUUGCUGAGCGUGAUGCUCAGAAUAAAGAAGCUAGACAACAACGAGUUCUGCAGCUUAGGAAGAUGCUUGACCUCUUGGUGCAUGCAUCUCAGUGCCGCUCUUCCCAUUGUCAAUAUCCAAACUGUCGGAAAGUUAAGGGGCUUUUCCGCCAUGGUAUACAGUGCAAAGUACGUGCUUCAGGAGGUUGUGUUCUCUGUAAGAAAAUGUGGUACCUUCUUCAACUCCAUGCCCGUGCUUGCAAAGUAUCCGAGUGUCAUGUGCCGCGAUGCAGAGAUUUGAAAGAACAUCUUCGAAGGCUGCAACAGCAAGCUGAUUCUCGGCGGCGGGCUGCUGUUAUGGAGAUGAUGAGACAGCGUGCUGCAGAGGUUGCCAACAGUGCUGGGUGACCAUAUUGUACAAGUUGUAAUGGACAUACACAAGUUGUUAAUGCUGUACUUGUAGGUAUCAACAUUAUUGGGGAAGAAAAGAUCUCGUAGCGUACAGGAAACUGCUAACGAACAUACAAGCAUGUUCAUUGCUGGUUAACCAUCACCUACCCGUGGACCUAUAUUAUCCGAGUUGCUCUCAUCAACAAUGCAUCUCUUGGAGUGUAUAGGAUUCCGAGCAUUCCCCACCCGUAGCUCAUAAGUGAUUUUCUUUAAAAUUUUAUUCUGUGGAAUUGUUGAGGGCAAAUGUGCCUGUUUUCCUGAUUAAUUUUAUCAUGCAUUAAACAUUGGGAUUUCCUUUUCGUGUGAAUAGUUAGUUGUCUUAUUUAAAAAUGCUCAAGUACUUCACAUGUAGCAAGUUACUAGUCCUUGCUAAAACUUGUUCUUGACAGUUUUUUACCCAAUGUGACGAUGAUAUGAGUCCGAGCUUAAAGCUGAAAUCGAUAUAAUAUAUAGAGAUAAUUUCUCAUUUUA